AACGUCUCACCCUUAUCACUCCAUCACUGCCAAGCCACGCAAUGUGAUUUGAAUUAUUGGGUAUACUAAUCUCAGCUGCAUAUAUCAAAGCACGUCACGAAUGACCCGCUGCACGGAUUGCGCGAGCAGUUGCACGUGGGGAACCUCGUUUGUUCUGACUUUGGUGAGGUCGGUCAUAACCUGGUCUUGCAGGUGCUGGCAAAGGGUGGGUCCAGAGAUUUUCUUGACUCGGAGAUCCAUCAUCUGUGCACCCCGAGAGUCCAUGGAAGACCAGAUCAUUACGGUGAAAGUAGCGCUAGCUUGGUCUGCUUGCUGCGAACACGAAUUUUGUGGAGGCUCGCGGAGGCAUGGCCGCCUUUCACAACGCAUGCGCUGAUCCCAAUGUUCGGCUGGUGCUCCAGAACUCUAAAUUUGCUCUCCUGGUCACCUCGAAGCUGGUUGUCUCUACUGUACCAUUCCCUGCAUGGGGCAAAAAUAAUCAAGCUGGUCGGUGGACUCCUAGAGGUCUCAUGCUCUGCGACCAUGAAUCGCAAUGAGUCAGUCCACCCUCGAUUGCGCUCUCGACAGAUCUUCCCCGGCAGGCUCACAGAUGCCCUCCACACCGUCUUGAGUCAAUCAAGAGUAGGUACCAGUCCAACAUCUGGCGAGCCGUCCUACACACCUGUAUUUGGUAGAUCCUUCAUAAAAGCUCGAUUUCCAAUGCCGCUCAUGCCAUCGAGAUUAUAUCGUUAUUUAUACAUCUCUAGUCCAGGUGAAUCUAAAGUGAUAUUCAUGACAAGGCAUGUAUCGCUCAACGGUAGCGCAGCCUUCAGCACGCUGUGGAUCAGCACAUCAUGUACGAAACAGGUUUGCUCCCGCUCCGCAGACCGUCUCGCAUGUCCUGGAGUAGAGCUCGGCCAGGCCCAAUAGCCAACAUUCCCAUUGGCCGCGUCAAUGACAUCUCC